UAGUAACCAGGAUGCUGUAUUAUUUGUUUUGGAAAUAGCCUGGUAUCAGGAUGAAUCAGAAAUUGUGAGAGAAGAAUCAAGAACCUACUCCACUGGUUACGUGGAAAACUCUUUAUUAGCCAGCGGAGUAGGUCUAGGGACUUCAUCAGAUGACAUUCCUUCAAUCGCUAGCCCUCUCCCAGGCCUCCCACCAUAGGAGCCUGGGCUGGGAAUCCACGCACUUCAAGAUUUAAGUGUCAACCACAUUCUCAGUUCAGGCCAGAAGCUUCUGACUAAAGGUGCGGAGCGUGUUGGCCGCAAAGGCCUGCGGGAAAUGUAGUCCAGUGAUUCAAGCUAACGGCCACCAGAAGUAGGUUGUGCAAAAGCUUUUUCCACACGCCUGAUUCCGGAACAAAAGACAGAAUUUUCAGAGAAUAGUAGCCCGUGUUCUUUAAGAUGUUCCCCUGAAUUCGAGUUGUUAAUCAUGCUUACACUUUUGUUCUGCAAUUACCAGCUUCUGUUUAGAAAGCCACCCUUGUACAAUGAAGAUCUCGCGAGAAGUUGUUUAGUGUGCAGUGCAUCCUGGGAAAUGUAGUGCCCUGCCUGCACAGAAAAAAAUGGCAGAACUAACUGAAAGGAUGUUGUUCGGAACCUUAUAACCGCCGAACGGAGGUAAUGAGUACCUGCCCAGACAGCGCUCUUUUGUCGUGUGAAGACGCUGACGCAUCCGAGUGUAAUGUGUACUUUUGUGUAGGGGAGCAACUUGAGGAGCAGGGAAGCAUGGCUAUUGUGGAUCAAAAAACUAUGUUCAAGGGAUUGGUAAUGUUUGAGGAUGUGGCUAUAGACUUCUCUAAGGAAGAGUGGGAAUGCUUAGACCCUUCUCAGAGAAACUUAUACAGAGAUGUGAUGUUGGAGAACUACAACACCUUUAUAUCACUGGGACUUGUCACUUCUAAGCCAUCAGUAAUUUACCUAUUGGAACAAGGGAAAGAACCUUGGGUGACUGGAAAAGCGGAAUGGUAUCCAGAUUUGCAGUCUUGGUGUGAAACUAAGGAGUUAGCUCUAAAGAAUGGUAUUUUUGAAACAGGAUCAUUAAAAUGGGAAAUAAUGAACAGAACCACAAGUUCCCCUUGCCUUGAGGGGGAAUCUUAUUUUGGAACUGAUUUGAAAUGUAAUGGACACUUUGAAAAAGAAGAGGAAUUUAAAGAGGAAUGUAUCCAGUAUAUGACAGUGCCAUUUGAAAAACUAUCAGUUGAAUUCAUUCAGCCUACAUCAUUGGUUCCAAAUGAAAUAAUUCAGCCUACAUCACUAGUUCCAAGUGAAAUAAUUCAGCCUAUAUCACUGGUUCCAAAUGAAAUAAUUCAGCCUGUAAAUGAACACUAUGAACAGAAAAAGUAUGAAAACCUCACUCAACAGGUAGGAAUUCAUUCUAGUGACAAACUUAAUGAAAUGUGUGAGAAAGCCUUCAUAUUUUACACAAAUCAGAUGGAACAUCAGCAAAGUCUUCCUGGAAAGAAAUGUGAUGAAUUUAAGGAACAUGGCAGAGAAUUUUCUUAUGACUUCCAACUCACUCAAUAUCAAAUAAAUUAUAACAAACCCUAUGAAUGUCAGAUAUGUGGAAAGAGCUUUAGAAAGCGUGCCCUCCUUACACAACAUAAUCGAAUUCACACUGGCGAGAAACCAUAUGAAUGUAAGGAAUGUGGGAAAGCUUUUAUUUGCUGUUCAACACUCAUUCAACACAGGAGAACUCACUCUAGUGUGAAACCCUAUGAAUGCCUGGAAUGUGGGAAGAGUUUUCGACGGAGUGCACACCUCACUCGACAUCAAAAAAUUCAUACUGAUCAGAAACCCUAUAAAUGCACACAGUGCUGGAAGGCAUUUGCUUCUCUUUCUGACUUUAAUAGACAUCAUAAAAUUCAUACUGGUGAGAGACCUUAUGAAUGUGCAGAAUGUGGGAAAGCAUUUAAUAGUCGUUCAACUCUUACUCAACAUCAGAGAAUUCACACAGGUGAGAGGCCCUUUGAAUGUAAGGAAUGUGGCAAGGCAUUUAAUAAUUGUUCAACUCUUACUCAGCACCAGAGGACCCAUACUAAUGAGAAACCCUAUGAAUGCCAGGAAUGUAAAAAGACUUUUAGACAAAGUGCACAUCUAAGCAGACAUCAAAAAAUUCAUAGUGGUGAGAAACCAUUUGAAUGUGCUAUAUGUGGGAAGGGCUUUACUUGUGUUUCUGACUUUAACAGACAUCAACGAGUUCACACUGGUGAGAAACCCUACGAAUGUAAGGAAUGUGGGAAAGCCUUUAAUAAUUGUUCAACUCUUAUUCGACACCAAAGAAUUCACACUGGUGAGAAACCAUAUCAAUGUGACCAGUGUGGAAAAGCAUUUAUAUCUGGUUCAACAUUUUUUCAGCAUCAAAGAACACAUACUAAUGAGAAGCCCUAUGAAUGUCAGGUAUGUAAAAAGACAUUUAGGCAAAGUGCACAUCUAACUAGACAUCAAAGAACUCACACUGGUGAGAAACCCUAUGAAUGCUAUGACUGUGGGAAGACCUUUACUUGUUUUUCUGAUUGUAAUAGGCAUCAGAGAAUUCACAGAGGUGAAAAACCCUAUGAGUGUCAAGUAUGUGGGAAGGUCUUUAAUAAUUGCUCAACUCUUAAUCAACAUCAGAGAAUUCAUACUGGUGUGAAACCCUAUGAAUGUAAGGAAUGUGGAAAGUCUUUUACUUGGCUCUCAAACCUAAAUAAACACCAGAAAAUUCACACUGGUGAAAAACCCUAUGAAUGUAAAGAGUGUGAGAAGGCUUUUCUCUGUUAUUCAACUUUUGUUCAACACCAGAGAACUCAUACUAAUGAGAAACCCUAUGAAUGUCAGGAAUGUGGGAAGGCUUUUAGACAGAGAGCACAUCUUAUUCAACAUGAAAGAAUUCAUACUGGUGAGAAACCAUAUAAAUGUAAGGAAUGUGGAAAGGCCUUCUCUUGUGUUUCCUACUUUAGUAGACAUCAGCGAAUUCACACAGGUGAGAAACCAUAUGAAUGUAAAGAAUGUAAGAAGUCCUUUAUUGAUUGUUCAACUCUUAUUCAACACCAGAGAAUUCACACCGGUGAGAAACCCUUUGUAUGUCAGGAAUGUAAUAAGGCCUUUAGGCAGAGGGCACAUCUUACUCAACAUCAAAGAAUUCACACUGGUGAGAAACCCUAUGAAUGUAAGGAAUGUGGGAAGGCCUUUACUUGUCUUUCACAGGCGAAAAAGCAUCAGAGAAUACACACAUGAGAAAAACCCUAUGAAUGUGCAGAUUGUGGGAAGGCUUUUAGAGUACGCCAACAGCUUACUUUCCAUCAGAGAAUCCAUACUGGUGAGAAACCCUAUGAAUGUAAAGAAUGUGGAAAAACCUUUCGACAGUGUGCCCACCUUAGUCGACAUCAGAGAAUUCAUACAUCUGACAAACUUUAUGAGUGUAAAAAAUGUGGGAAGAUCUUUAUGUGUAGCUCAGACCUUCGCAUACAUCAAAGAAUUCAUGUUGGUGAGAAGCCGUAUAUAUGUAAAGAAUGUGGGAAGGCCUUCAGAGUGCGAGGACAACUUAAUCUCCACCAAAGGAUUCACACUGGUGAGAAACCCUAUGAGUGUAAGGAGUGCGGCAAGACUUUUAGACAGUACGCACACCUGACUCGACAUCAGAGACUUAACAUUGCUGAGAAGUGCUAUGAGUGUAAGGAAUGUGGUCAGGCUUUCCUGUGUAGUACAGGCCUUCGAGUCCAUCACAAGCUUCACACUGGCGAGAAACCCUACGACUGUAAGGAGUGCGGAAAGGCCUUUAGAGUGCGGCAGCAACUUACUCUUCAUCAGAGAAUCCACACUGGUGAGAAGCCCUAUGAUUGUAAGGAAUGUGGGAAGACCUUUAGUCGUGGCUACCAUCUAACUCUCCACCAGCGAAUCCACACUGGUGAGAAGCCGUAUGAAUGUAAGGAAUGUCAGAAGUUCUUUCGUCGUUACUCAGAACUUAUUUCUCAUCAAGGUAUUCAUAUUGGAGAGAAACCUUAUGACUGUAAGGAAUGUGGGAAGGCCUUUAGGCUGUUCUCACAACUUACUCAACAUCAGAGCAUCCAUUUUGGUGAGAAACCCUAUAAAUGUAAGGAAUGUGAGAAGACGUUUAGACUUCUCUCACAGCUUACUCAGCACCAAAGCAUUCAUACUGGUGAGAAACCUUAUGACUGUAAAGAAUGUGGAAAAGCCUUCAGGCUUCAUUCAUCACUUAUUCAACAUCAGAGGAUUCAUUCUGGUGAGAAGCCAUACAAAUGUAAGGAGUGUAAGAAAGCAUUUAGACAGCAUUCACACCUUACUUACCAUCAGCGGAUUCAUAAUGUAACUUAAUAAAUAAAAGGCAGAUCAUUUAGCCUGUAUUUCCUGUAUCAACUUUAUUUACUGGUAACCAGAAGUUGAUGAUGAAGGGUUUGAUAGAGAAUUCCAGCAAAUAAAUGCAGCAAAAAAUUACAGAUUAGAAAACUCUACUAGAAAAAACAUUUUAUAAUUACGUAUCUAGGGACGAAUCUCCGUAGAGAUUAAGGUCAUGAGUGACAGAUUGACUUGAACUUUAUACCAAAUAGAUCAGGCUAGCAACAUCUGAACUCACAUAUCACCCUCAACCUCACAAACUAGGACCAUAAAAUAUGUGCCUCCUAAUGUCAUAAAGUGCAGUGUACACUUGUCAUAGUAUUGAACCUGAAUUUAAAUCUGAAUAUCUGACUCCCAGUUUAGAGAAAAGGAAUGGAAAAACAAAUUACAUGACACAAUAAUCUAAAAUGUAAGUAAUUCUGCAAGAGGAAUGAAAUGGCCUCCAGUGAAUAAAACGACAUAGAAAAAAGAGGUGGAACUCUUUUUUUUAUUUUUAUUUUUUUGGUACCAUGGAUCGAACUCAGGACCUUGUGGUGCUUGUGAGGCAGGUGUGGUGCCACUGAGCUAAAUCCCUGGCCCAAGAGGUGGAACUCUUAAGAGACUUAUUAAUCACAUACCAUGGGAGAGUGGUUCUUAUUUAGAUCAUAAGUUGAAUGACCAUUUAAAGCAAGACAUUUUUACAACAACUAGGAAAAUGGGAACAUUGAUAGCUUUAGGUAAUGUUAAGAAACUGUGUUUGUUACGUGUGGGUAAUAGCACUGUAGUCAUGUAAAAAUGUCUGUUAGAGAUAAAUUCUGAAGUUUACACACAGAAGAUGAUAUGAUGUCUAGAAUGUCCUUUAAAAUGCUCAUGCAAAAGAAGUGAAAGUAGAUAAUUUAAGUUUGGCAAAGUGAUGGUAAACUGAGUCUUGAAUACAUGGUUUUUGUUUUGUGAUUCUUUUGUGAAUUUUUAUGUGUUUGAAAAUUUCCAUAAUGUUCUUCUAAAGGUAAAAUUAACUAUGAAACUAUAACCAGGUGGAAGUGAAUGACCUUAAAAUGCUUAUAUAUUAAAAAUUAUGGAAGUUGCUAGUGCUCUACACAUUGGAAUCUUAAAUACACUAUAAUGUAUACAGGAUGUUAAGAUGGAUGGUUCGGAUUUUUUUGUUCACCUCAACACUAUUAACCUGUCCCAUUGUAGGCACUUCCUAUGUUUAAAAAUGAAUAAAGAACGCAGUUACUAUACUCAUGUGUGA